UGAUUAAUAUUUUUUUUUAACUUAACGUGAGAAAUAAUUGGAUCGUUGACCAAUCGACGAUUUUGGACUUUGAUCAGUUACCGACACAUCCGCAUCCUCGCUAUUAUUUAUUCGGACAAAUGCGGGGAAAAUAUUGCCCUCGUGGUGUACAAUGUGACCGUAGACUGUAGAGUUUUUGUGUUAGAAAAAUAAUUCGCGCUAACAUAACAUUCCUGAUUUACCGGAUUUUCCAGCGCAGUUUUUUUCCCCAUUACACCCGUCUAACCACAUCGCAAAUCACCGGAUCUUUAGUCAUUUUUUCAUCCAAGUUCAAUCAUCAUUACAACGAUCAUGUCAAUGAUGCACUUUGCCACGGGAUACGCGGUGGUCGUAAUUGAUGAUUAUCGGAAUGAGUGUACACGUGCUUCGGGACGGACUGCUGUGUAAAAUCAUGCGAAUUGUAAUGCGAUUCGAGUCGUCGCGAUUAUGUUGGUUUUCAGAGAGAAAAUCAAGUAAACGAACAACAACAAAAAAAAAAAACGUCAUAGUGCAGUCGGUUUCCUCGUCGAGGACUAUGCGUGUAUGGGAAAUGAAGUGAUAAUUCGCGGUGAUGAUAACGUGAUAAUUACACCGUCGCGUUCGCGUUGAAACGAUAAAUUGUCGUACUGAUUAGGGAAAAGAGGGAAUGAAAAUAGCCUCAGAAAAUAACGUUAGUAUAACGGUUAGCCCUAUUUCUUUCUUUCUUAUCACAAUGCAACCGUUGGGGCCAUUUUUUAUCUCCGUCAAGGAGCCAAUUUUAGUUUAUUAAUUUUCGUUGUUAUUCCCAAGGCUUUUACUAUCGCGUUAUAUCGAUGUAACUAAAUAAGAUACCGUCGCUUGGCGACGCGUGUUUGGCAAACGUUUGCCACUUUGCGUUUUGCAAUAGUGUGGAAUGCUUUUUUGCUUUUUGCCGUUGUUAAAAUUUCAGGUAAAAAAAAUCGCAGCGAAAAAUAACAGCAGAAUUGAAAACGCACGCCACACCAUUUUUCGUCGAAAUUAUCAGCCGAACAAGUUCUGGAAUUCCGUUGAGACGUUUUUGAGAGACAAAAAAAAAUGCAACGCCGCUUAAAAUCUCAUUUAAAAAACAUCACCGCCUCGAACGACGAUUGAAAUUCUUUUGAUAAAGACACAAGUUCGAUACGUGACCGAAAUACAUCGGGGAUAAUCGGUUCAAAAACGUUUAAAAAAAACUUUUUCAUCCUUCUACAAAAUGCAUCAUUCUUUCUCCUAUCGUCGAAUCCACGUUUGAAGGGCUUCGGUUUUUUCGACCCAAUUCGAUCAGACCGUUCCUUUCAGUACUCACGGGUCGUUAUACACGCGGCUAUACCGACGAUAAUGCAAAGGUCCUUGGCUGAAAAUAAUGCCAAAGUUCAAAGCGCUGUUCCAAGUGACUGCCGAUGCAGACGUUCUACAGUCUAGGCCAAUGUCACUCGGAUCACGAAGGCCCUGCGUACCGAACGAAAAUCAUUAUUUUUCAUCGAAAUAACUAAACCGAUCGAUCUUCCAAAAAUCUUUGCUCCUUCCCGCUGGAUCACCCUAUCGAUUAUUCACGCGCGUAAAAAUCGCUGCGAUCGGCGAGGGGGAAUAUGAGCCAAGGUUUCGCGGGCGACGGAGCUUCCUGGAGAUCUUGAUGACAGACUACCACUGCCCAUGAAACAACACUCGAUCGAGCCAACCGCAGUGACUCCGAAGUGUAUGCGAACAGAGUGGCUUCGGAGUUUGUCGCGUGAGGAUCGAAGUUUAAGUGUCGCGAAAAUUCUACGAAUAAGUACAACGGCGAAAUUACACCGUUCCGUACACGGAUGCGUUUGUGCCAUAUAAGCCGGCGGUGCAGAUAAUCCCUACGGUAGUAGUUGCCGCUCGAUCGUCGAUCAUGGAUCAGCUGGAAAAAUCUGUUGGAAAUCUUCACUAUCUACCGAUAAUCAUCUUCGUUCUACUGCCCACCACCUUUAUCGCUACGUACGUUAUCGCAGUGGUGUUGGGACAUGUGGAACCAGGAUUUCCAUAUAUAUCGGACACGGCAACUUAUCCACCGGAAAGCUGCAUAUUUGCACAGAUAAUAAAUAUGGCGGCUGCGAUGAUGUGCGGCGUCAUCUGGCUUCGUUACUCUCAGAUAAAAGAGAUUUCCAGCUCUUAUCAGCUACACGCUUCACUGCCAAAAUGGAACAGGUCAUCUUUGAUCUUGGGGCUGUUGACCUGCCUCGGAUUAUCCUUUGUAGCGAAUUUUCAAGAAACUAACGUCAUAGUCGUUCACCUUCUCGGGGCUUUGUGUUGCUUCGGAUGUGGAACCGCCUACUUUUGGACGCAGGUCGUCUGUUCUUACUACCUGCAUCCCCUCGGAUGCUCCUUGAGGGUCGCUCACCUCCGACUCUCCCUCGCCGUGGGAUGCACGGUACUGUUCGUCCUCGGGACCAUCACAGCAGCCCUCUCGCAGAUGUUUUAUCACGGAGACAAUCCGAGAAAAUGGCACAAGGAAGACGGCGGGUGGGAAUUGCACGUUGCCAGUACAGUGGCCGAGUGGAUAUGCGCCGGUUUCUUUUGUUUCUACAUUCUCACCUUCACCGACGAGUUUCGAAGCAUCCAACUGAAGCGACCCAAGGUGAUAUUCAAAGCCGGCCACCUCAGAACGAGCAACGAAGUCCUGAACGAGAGUCAGGACGAAGUGCCGCAGGUGAAAGCACCGGCGACGAUCACCUGAUCGGGCGUAACGAGGGGCGCUUUCGGAGGAUCGUUAAACGGCC